GUUGACACUAAUGACGGAGAGUGACCGGAAGAGCGAAAACAGAAGAAGCAGAGUAUGGUACAUAAUCUUCGAGGCAAAGAUUGAUUUAUUUUGGUGUCAACGAAAGGUUAAAUAGAUCAAAGUGUUCGUCUUAUCCUAACCUAACGAUAUACAUAUUUGUAAACGAUAGAGAUUUGAGCUUGACAGUAGCAUCUUUAAGUUUCCUCAAAAAUAUUAUAUAUACGAUAUUUCUAUUCUUAAAAAGCUGUUACAUUCAGCCUCUUUAAGGCUACUUUUAGAGAUGCUGUUUGUCAAAUAUUUUCAUUUGGCGUCGAUAGUUAGCGCGAUCGUCGCUAACGUGCAUCUCGAUACGGAACGAUAAUAAUCGAACGCGGCAAAUCAUUAUCGAAUUGUCGCGUGGUGGUGCAUCUAGCGUCCCUUCGAAGUCACCUAUUUUUUCAGAAAAAUUUUGUGACAUAAUGGGUUAACAUGGAUCAUCAUUGCUUCCUCAUUUAUCAUCGAGAUGUUGGAAGCUGACUCGUUGCACUUGGAACUUCAGCAGUUCAAAAUGGCGGUUAAGGCUGUUCAGACAUCGUGGAGGUAGCACCUUGAGGAAAUUUCAUUGAUGCAACUAGCGAGAGGGCAAUUUGAGGAAGUGCGUCGAUUAUGAAUUGGUGCAAAGUGCAGGCUGUUGUACACUCAGCGGAGACGUCAGCCGGUUGGAAAGAAGGGAUGCUCGUAGGAGAAGGCGCCGAAGCAUGAGGGACGUCGCAUCUUUAACGUAAUGAUGCAGAGAGCGGUGCUACUGCUCUGUUGGCUGCCGCUCCUCAACCACUGCCACGCCGUAAAUCCAGGUUGCUCUUGCGUCGUCUACAGCAGCUCGGACAGACCUCAAGGUGGCACAUUUACAACCCCUUAUUAUCCCAAAAGAUAUCCCUCGAACAUUGAUUGCCUGCUUUAUACGUUCAUCGGCCAACCCGACGAAAUCGUAAAGUUGACGUUUCAUCACUUCAACAUUCGACGUGUUCGACCCGACUGUGUGGGUGGUGACUUUGUAAAAGUGUUUCUACAUUUGGAGACCACCGGUGUUUCCGAGUAUACCCCUUGGUCCGGUGUGCUUUGCGGGGAUCUGCGUGACAUCCCGCAGGUUCUCUACAGUUCAAGAUCUACGCUUAUUUUGGAGUUCCACACACAAGGACCUCCGUCUAAUGCGACUGGCUUUUUCGGGAAUUUUCACUUCAUCAACAGACGAUUAUUCGAGACAGACGGCGUGCUCAUUCCUGGCACGAUGUGUGACCUCGAGUUUGUCAGUUCACAGUCAAAACGGCAAUACGGACGUUUCUACUCGCCACGGUACCCGUCCUCCUACCCAAAGAACAUCCGGUGCUCGUACCUCUUCCGGGCAAGAUUAAAGGAAAGGAUUCGUUUAUUUUUCGAGGAGAUUUCUCUACAAAAAGGAGACCUAAGUUGCCUGAAUAGAGCGGAUUUAAUCAGGGUACACGAUGGGAGGGAUUCAGGAGCAGCCACAAUAGCUGUGCUCUGCAACCAAGGAGCGGAAGUGGAAGUACUCAGCACAGGGUCAGACCUGUACGUCGAGUUCGUCGCUAAUUCCGAGUGGCCAGGCCAAGGCUUCAAGGCGAUGUUUCAAUUUCAGCCAUUGGACGAUGCGCCGCAUCCUGAGCUGGACAAGGUCGUCCCUGGGGCUGUUACCGGUAACCCUAAGUACUCGGUCAUCGGGCCGGCUGUCAGCGCUACGACGUCACUAUGCGACAUGGUCUUCAACAGUGACUCGACGAAAACGGGAGUAGUCACGUCGCCAGGAUAUCCGAAUCCUUAUCCACCGAGGACACACUGUACAUACGAUUUCCAAGGACGAGGCAAAGAACGGGUCCAAGUGGUGUUUCAGGAUUUGAACUUGUACCAUUCCCCAGACGGGACGAACGAGUGCGAAGGCGUGGAUUCGUUAGUGGCGUACGUGCACAUAGAUAGGAAAAAAGAGAAAAUAGAUGCUUUCUGCGGCGAGAAACCGUCACGGCCUAUCAUGAGUAACGGACCACGGCUUUCCUUGGAAUUUCACGGCAGCACGUCGUCCCGCCACUCCAGAGGUUUCAAGGCGGUGUACUCUUUCACAGAAAACUUCGGCAUAACGACGGGCCGACAAGAGGCGCAAUAUCCCUGUGCCUUUGUUUACAACAGCAACGAGACACGAAAUGGUACAUUCGCGUCACCAAAUUAUCCAGGAUUGUAUCCACGAAACACGGAGUGUCAUUAUUUCUUCAAUGGUCAACUCAACGAGAGAGUGCAUCUUCAUUUUCAUUUCUUCGAUGUGGAGGGAGUGAUGCCGUGCGACUCGAUAUCCGCGAGCGACUUCGUCGAAUUUUCGAACUACAUGUCCAGGGACCGGAAGUACUCGAGGCACUGUGGCCAGCAGGCAGAGUUUGACGUGGGCAGUGACAGAAAGUUCUUUCGCGUGACCUUUAAGAGCAACGAUAGAUACGAUGCGACAGGAUUUAACGCUAGCUACGUGUUCGUGGACGAGGAAGGAAAUUAUACAACAAAGCCACCGACGAGCAACGCGUCAACGUUAAAAGGUACAACGUUGCUGGUCAUGUUGCUGUUCAUAAGACCCCUACUCUUUGGCCGAGUUUUGCUUUAAUCACGAUCAGUAACUACUUGUACGAGUCUUGGCUCAAUUUACAACGAACUGUAACUUCGAGGACAGGAGCCAUCCACAAUCCUCCAUUAUUCGACGUACCAAGGAAAGUGGCUAUAUCAUUUGCGUCAAUGAAAUUGCCAAAGGGAUACCAAAGUCGAUCUCCCUGAUGACACGUCAUGAUUCAUUUAUUGAAUCCUUAUCACCGCACGACGAUCGUUCUCCAUCAUUUUACUACGAGCAUCGAAACGGAGAGAAGUAUUGGCAAUAAAGAAGGAUUUGAGGGAAAAUGCAAAAGCUCGAGAAGCUAUGAAAUUUUCAGAGUGUGUGUGCGAGGUAUAUAUUUCAAUAAACGAAGCAUCAUUUCAAAUUGAACCAAAUCGAAAAAAUUAAUUUUAAUUGUCUAUUUUUGCAAAGAUAAUCUUGCUUAAUUUAAAUAAUGAUUCAUGUACCUACAUCGUUAAUUAUUUUCACUUACACUUCGAAAAUUACAAGUUUCUUAACUUGUUUAAGUGUAUUAAAAUAAUGAUGCAAAUAUGAGAGCCAGUUCACUGAGUUUGGAACUUUAUAAUCUUCGACAUUGCAAAAUUACAGUAAUUAAUUAAUGAUGAACCUUGAAGAAAUUUCAACCACCUAAGACUUAUGUGUCAUUGAUCAACCUGCCUUAUGAAUAUUCAGAAAAAUUCCAUUACCCUUUGAAUUCGCAAGUUCAAGAUCGUUCCCUGUUGAUAUACUUGAAUCGAACGAACGAGUACGAAAGAGACGAUAUUAUGAGAGUUGUACAAGUAAAUGGUAUAAAUCUAUAAUUUGUUGUAGCGUGACGUACCCAAAAAGUGCUGAAUUGUUAAUGUUUUUCUCCUCGCAUGGAAGCGAGUCUAUUAUAAAAUCGCUCUAAACUAUCUGUCCGAAGAAUUUAAUCGAAAGUCAUACGUAUAGUGGGCAGCGAAAAAGAGACGAAAUAAUUCGCCUUCCUAAAAUACACUACGAGCAUAUUUAUUAUUACAUCCUCUAUACGACUGUGAUGUUUCCAUUCCUUCUUAGUUCAUUAGGGAACGAAUACAAGUCUGAUUAUACGCGAGAGAUUAGAGGUGUUGAUGACGAAAAUGUUUCAAUUACGUACGGAGAAAUUGAACGGUUCAAAAAAAGGAUUCAUAAUUUACCCUUUCUCAUUGUCAAAGUUUCGGAGAGACAGCAAUAAUUUUAACAAUCGAUCGAGACGGUUACAGCAGAAUUUUACUACCAGGAAAAACAGUUUGAAAUAAUUUUCUGAGAUCGAACAUUGAAAUAUUAUGCAAGAAAAAAUUAAAUCGAUACUAAAGGUACUAUUUUCAUUUCUUAAUUAUACAUUAUAUUCGUCAUUUUUGGAUCCCCAAAUUUCCCAAUUUUCACACCUCCGUUCUCCUUAAACCAACCCCGUUUAAACCAUCAUGGGACGACACUUAAACAAUAGUUAACUUCGUCAAGGAACGGUAUCGCGACCGAGAACAAGGUUGAAGUGGUUAGUGAAACAUGCAAGCAGCAGGUUAACGAAAAGAAAACAAACUAACAAGUUGCAGCGGAAAGAUCGACAAGGGUAAAACGUGAUACACAAAAUUUCUCUGUUCAAACUUCGGCCGGGUGGAAGAUGUAAUCGAUAAAGAUAAAUGUUUAACGAUCGUUGUAAGGGGACCCGACGGAGAGAAACGUAUUGGCAUACCGCCUCUCAGCCGGGCAGAAAGUCAUUAACGUCAAAGUUAACGAUAGUUCCAUGAAACUUUAUCGUACAAAGGUACUUCACUUUCACGGAAAAUUAUUUCAAACUAUAAACCGUUAAACUAUAUAAGCCAAGCCCACCUUCCCGAGGUUAUGGCGGUAUAACCAGGCAACAAGGGUGGAAUGUCAUUUCUACCGUUAAAUCGAUCAUCAAUCAAUGUAUCCAUCGAUUAAAUACGCCACGUACACAAUGCAUCGUAUGAACGAACAAAAAUGCAUUAAUUAUUGAAUUAAAAAAAAAAAAAAGGAAGAAGAAGAAGAAGAAUAGGAUCGUCGUGAAAAGAAAUCAUCGACAUGAAUUAAUGAAACGAUUGAACUCUCUACGAAUUCAAUAUCAAGUCUAUGUAUCAUUGGAUACAUAAGGAAUUAGGUAGCAAUACUAUCAUUGUGUAUGUUAGACUACUGUGAAUAUUUUUUAAUAGGUUUAUAAUGCGUUGACUACUUCUCCCGAGUUUCUAGUUGAUUUAUAUAUAAAAAAGCGAACAAGAAAGAAAAAAAAAUGAUAAUUAUGAAAUACGAGUAUGACUGUGCAUUAUUGAUUGAGCGUCUCUGGUUGAGCGUGAGGAAAGUAAAUAAGAAAGAAAGGAGACAUUGUACAAUGUAAUUAAUGAAAGAACGAUUUGUCGCUUACGUUCGUUGUUGUUUGUAUGUUUCUCUGUGGAAGAGACGAUGAAACGCUAUUAGAAAAUUGCGAACACACCUGAAUCAGCGCUAUGAAAUGCUUCAAUGUAACUAACCACGUUGUAAAUACUUGUUACAUUUAAUCUGUUUCGAGCUGCUGCCCCGCUGUUUUACCCCCCCACUGUAUUCAGUGAAAAUGAUUAAUUAUAGGCACGAUGCUUUCCAAUUAAGUCGUCUAUCAAUUUAGCCGUUUCUUUGCGCACUCUGUACCGUCUCUGUAUUCAUUUAGACCGAUAAACGUACGAAUUCCUGGUCGAAAGGAAACUCGUAUUAGAACGUUACGCGCUUAUAAAAAAUGAAACGGUAGGACGAGAUAAUUUCUAUAAGAGGGAUUAUUAAUUUUGCACGUAAUGGAAAUGCGCAGAAUUGUGUUUGCGACGAUUAGCACAAUUUGUAUGCAUUUAACGCGUUGAUUGCCACGGGGAUCAUAGGUCGCAUGCAGCAUGAAUCUAAUUUAAUUGAAAUAAUUGCAAAAUAAUUUUAAAAAAUUCUAAUAUAUUAAUUUCGUGAGGUACGUAGUGGAAAAUUUAAAUUAAAAAAUAAAAUAAUUACAAUUACAGUAGACUCUCGUUACAUUGUCACCGAAAGAGGCAAUGAUGGAACGUCAAAUUCUCACGCGGCAAUAUAACAAAAGUCUACUGAAGUACUAUACGGCAAUUUUCACUGUGGCAAGCAAAGUGUUGAAAGAGGAUCUCUAUGUGUACAUGAACGACUUAACUAGUUGAAUAGUUAUGAUGAUGAAAGGAAAAAAAAAACUUCAACCUCUUAACGAUAUACGAACUCGACGAGCGCUCCGUGAUUAGGCAGGAAGUUCAGGGGCGGCCUAGCAGCAAGUUCCUGAGUCCGACUAAACAAAAGAAGAAAUAAAGAGAAACUUUUAUCCUUACACGCCGCAUGUUACUGGGGACCUGCGAGUUAUCAAAGUUGCGCCUGGGGCGCUCCAAACUUUGUCCUGCGGUUAAAACUGUUCAAAAGCAUCGUAGUCAUGCUCCGGACAAAGCGCGAUCAUUGAUCGGAGCAUCGACUAUGGUAUCCGCUAAUGGCGGAUGUAUUUUCUUAUUCUGUUUUGAGGCUCUUGCCGGAACAUCUCACGCAUAAGUUACUGAACUGUAAUGCAAUCAUCGUUACUGUCCUAAUAAACCUUAACAUAUGAAUCUGUA